AUGGAUUCUGAAUCAAAUAACAGUUUCAUAGGAAGCUUUAUUCAGCCACCAGAUCGGAUGCAUCCUGCAGCCUUUGCUUAUAGAAAAUCAAAGAAGUUGGCAGCAGUUGGUGCUGACAGGCCUUCUGUCCCAAAUAACCAAGCUGUAGUGACAGCCCUGAAAACUCUUCAAGAAAAGAUCCACCGACUAGAGCUGGAGAAGUCACAGGCUGAAGAUAAUCUGUGCAGCCUCUCUGUAGCAGCUGCUCAGUAUAAGAAGGCCUUAGAACGUGAGUCCUAUGAAAAGAACACAGCACAUCAAGAACUGAUGCAGCAAAGGAAAGAUGCAAGUGUGCAGCUAAAUGCAGCACAGUCCCGCUGCUCCCUGCUGGAGAAACAGCUGGAUUACAUGAGGAAAAUGGUUUGCAGUGCGGAACUGGACGAGAAACUGAUUUUAGAGCAACAGGCUCAGCUUCAGACAGAAGAAGGUCAGAACCAGUUGGAACUGCAUACAAAACUUGAAAAGCUUGAAAUACUAGAAAAAGAGUGUCUUAAGCUUAUGGCUACUCAGACAAUCUCCGAAGACAAGAUCAAACACUUAGAAGAAAAGCUUUGUAAAGAAGACCAUCAGCAUAAGCUAAUACAAGACAAAACUGCUCAGCUUCAAAUGGGCUUUGAUACAAACAGAAUUUUGAUGUCUUCGAUAAUAUCUCAACAUGAACCUGAAAAAGAAAAUGGGAAGAAGCCAAAAACUAAGAAGAGAAAUCCUACAGUGAAGAAAACACACCUUUCACAAUUACAUGUAAAGGCUGGUGAACUACCUUUUGUGGCCGGGAAGCAUCUCAAUCCAUACAUCUCAUCACGAAGACAAGGAGGAGCCAUGUCUGGGAUUUCAGGACACAGUGCACUUUCAGAAUCUGUAUCCUCUUGUUCCACAUCACCUCCUGCCACCAGAACUCUUUCAGACCUUCUGUUGGCCAUACAAGAUGAGCUGAGCCAAAUGAUCUUUGAGCAUCAAGAACUUCUGAAGCAGAUAAAGGAGACUCAAGACUCUAAAGUUCGUGAACACCUGGAACGGGACCUGGAUUGCCUUGUAAAACAAAUGGGGAUUAAAGGACAACAAAUAUCCAAGCUGAAAAAGCAUCAUGCUACUGUGCAGAAAUUAAAGAGAAAAGCUCAGAAAUUGAAGCAAGGAGCAGCUCAUGUGAAACUAAAGUGUGGUGACCCAAAGAAAGCAAACGAGAUUGCAGUCAGUGCAAAGGAAAGUAUGUCUAAAUCUUGUCCUGGGCAGAAAAGCAGAAGCUCUCUUCAGCUGCUAAAAACUGUGAGGAAACUUCAGUCAUCUCUGAAAAAAGAUGUUUUCAUCUGA